UGCAGCCUUAGUAAUACCAGAAAAUUGGCACUCAUUUCAACCUUCUUGUUCUAUAGAAAAUAAUGCAUUAGAAUCUGAGUGAAUUCAGUUUAAAUGUUGCUGAACUCGAAUGUAUGUGCUAGAAUUAGAGAAACCUUGCCUAGACAUAGAAAACUUUUCAAGAUUCUAUGGUUUGGUUCGUCUAAUGGUCGUGUUUAUGUUGAAUUUUCUGGAAAAAUUGGAACUUAUGAAUCUGGAAUCCGUUUUCUUGGACACCCAUUUACUUAUAAUGCAUUAUUUUCUUCAUGGACAUCUAAAUUUAAUCCAAACCCUAAAUUAUUCUUGGAAAAUGGUGAAUUGGGUUUUAAAGAAAGUAAAGUUUUGAGCUUUUCUGGUACUUCUUUUGAUGAUAUUGGAGAGGGGUAUGUUAUUAAAGGAGCAUUGGGUUCUAAAGAGAGUGAUGUUUUGAGCUUUUCUGGUACUUCUUUUGGUGGUGAUGGAAAAAGCUGUAGGGAUAUAUAUAAUGCUAGUAGUUGUAGGUUUGACGAUGUCCAUGAGUUUGAAGUGUCACAGAAUGGAAUGGACUGUACAGAAGAUGAUUUUAAGGUUUUGGAUUCAUUUUGUAAAAGUGGAAAGAGAGUAAAUAGGGAAGAAAAUGUUGGCAUUUAUGGAAGAAUUGAGGGUGUUGAAGAGGAAAUGAGACAUCCGUUGGUUAAGGAAACAUGUAGAUUAAUUGAACGUCAGUCGGCUUGGAAUCCAAAGCUUGACAUUGAAUUGAGGCGUUUGUUAAGAAGUAUGAAGCCUCAGCAAGUUUGUGCUGUGUUAAGGUAUCAAUCAGAUGAAAGGGUUGCUUUGAAAUUCUUUUAUUGGGCAGACCAGCAGUGGAGGUAUCGACAUGAUCCUAUUGUUUAUUAUGUUCUGCUUCAACUUUUAGGAAGGACAAAGUUGUGCCAGGGAGCUAAGCGCAUUCUUAAGCUGAUGGCAUGUAGAAGAAUUCCACGGAGACCUGAAGAUUUUGGAUGUGUGAUGGUUGCUUUUAGUCGAGCUGGACAUUUAAGGAAAGCGAUGCAGAUCCUGACUGUGAUGCAAAGAGCAGGAACCGAGCCUGAUUUGUCUAUAUGCAACACUGCAAUUUAUGUUUUGGUGAAGGGGAAUAAAAUUGAGAAAGCAUUGAGGUUUCUGAAACGGAUGCAACUAGUUGGGAUAACACCAAAUGUUGUUACAUACAAUUGUUUAAUCAGAGGUUAUUGUGAUGUGCAUCGCAUUGAAGAUGCAUUAGAGUUGAUUGCUGAAAUGCCGUAUAAUGGCUGUUACCCAGAUAAAGUUAGUUAUCAUACUAUGAUUGCGUUCUUUUGCAAGCAGAAGCAAAUUGAUAAAGUGAGAGAGUUGGUGGCGAAAAUGUCUAAAGAUAGUAACUUAUUGCCUGACCAGGUUACUUAUAACACUAUUAUACAUAUGCUUUCAAAGCACGGACAUGCUGAUGAAGCCUUAGGAUUCUUAAGGGAAGCUGAAGAAAGAGGAUUCGGAGUGGAUAAAGUGGGCUACAGUGCUGUAGUAGACUCCUUUUGUAAAGAAGGAAGAAUAGAUAACACAAAGGAACUGGUCAAUGAAAUGAUUGUCAAAGGAUGUCCUCCUGAUGUGGUUACUUACACUGCAGUUCUGAGUGGAUUUUGCCUUGCAGGAAGAAUUGAUCAAGCAAAAACAUUACUCCAACAUAUGUACAAGCAUGGUUGCAAGCCAAACACUGUAACAUACACUGUGCUGUUAAACGGGCUUUGCCAGAGUGGGAGGUCUGCCGAGGCACAAGAGAUUAUGAAUAUGUGUGAGGAGUGGUGGUGGAAACCAAAUGCGAUAACAUUUAGUGUGGUAAUGCAUGGCUAUCGUAGGGAAGGGAAACUGUCUGAAGCUUGUGAUGUGGCUAGGGAAAUGAUUGAAACAGGCUUUUUACCUUCUCCCGUUGAAAUUAACCUGAUAAUUCGAUCUCUUUGCCAAGAGGGCAGAGCAGAUGAAGCAAAGAAAUUUAUGGUAGAAUGUCUGAAGAAAGGAUGUUCUGUUAAUGUGGUGAAUUUCACAACUGUUAUUCAUGGUUUCUGUCAAAAUAAUGAGUUGGAUGCUGCUCUCUCAGUCCUUGAUGACAUGUAUUUAAUCAACAAACACCCCGAUGCUGUCACAUAUACUACACUAAUAGACGGACUGGGAAAACAAGGAAGGAUGGAAGAGGCUAUUGAUCUGGCCAAUAAAAUGCUUCAUAGGGGUUUGCUUCCCACUGCUGUGACGUAUCGUACAGUGAUCCAUCGAUUUAGUCAGCAAUGUAGGGUGGACGAUCUGUUGAAAUUACUGGAGAAGAUGCUUUCAAGACAGGGUUGCAAGACUGCCUAUAAUCAGGUUAUUGAAAAACUUUGUGGUUUAGGAUAUCCUGAUGAGGCUUAUAAGCUAUUGGGAAAGGUCCUCAGGACAGCUUCAAGAGUUGAUGCAAAUACCUGCCACGUUCUUAUAGAGAGCUAUUUAAAGGAAGGGAACCCUCUUUCAUCAUAUAAGGUGGCUUGUCGAAUGUUCAACCGGAAUCUGAUUCCUGACUUAAAGCUCUGUGACAAGGUGAGGGAUAGAUUGAUGCAAGGUGGCAGAGUAGAAGAGGCUGACAAGCUCAUGUUGCAGUUUGUCGAGCGUGGCCAUAAAUUGCCUCAGCAUCAGAGGGCUUGACUUUUGACUAGAAUAGAGGAAAUCGUUGUGUUUCUCAGGAUAUAUUACUGUUCUGAAAAGGCUUCAAUAGAAGUAUAGGACAUUGAAAGGUAAAUGAUUUCAAUAGCUCACUCAACAACAACAACCCUCCAGCAUUUCAGUAGUUCAUUAUAUUUCAGAAAGAUGCCACUGUGUCUGGCAUAACAUGAUUUCUUGAGAUCUGUUGGUUUCUUGGAUCAGAGUGAUGACGUGGACAUCAAGUAUUGGACACGUCCCAGAGAUCUUUUCUUAUGAAGCCACUCUUUCUCAGCCAUAUUUUAGGAAUCUUGGCAAAGUGGAAAGAUAUAGGAUUCAGCAGAUUACAGAAAUUGAAUUUGAAUUUGAAUUUGAAAGGUGAAGGAUAAGAAGGAUCUGAGCAAAAGUAAUGUCUAAAGGUGUUCUAGAAUACCGUCUAAAGAUUUUGGGGGUACUUACAGGCAUAGCCAUUAGUUCCAUGAGCCGAGGACCUGAAGCAAGAGGCGCUAAAAAGGGCAGCGGUGGACUAACACUCCCGCUAUGAAGCAAAAGGGGCUACACACAUCAAAAUUUCCUCUUAGGUGCCUUGCUAAACCAAGUAAGCCAAAUUCAACCAUUGAUCAAAAGAAGACUGAAACUAGCAGAUCACUUGGUUCUGUGAACCAAGUCAACAAGCUCCAAUGGCCAUGGUAUCUUAAAGUUGAAUGAGCUACCCUAUGAGAAUGUUCUUUUCUUGGCGUCAUCACUAUUGAGAAUGUUCUUUUCUUGGCGUCAUCACUAUCUUACUUUUGAAAAUUGAGUCUGAAUCAUGGGCAGGUCAACAAAUAGCACAUAUGAUGUGUAGAAUAGUAUACUGAUCAGUAAAUACAGUGAGCCAGUGAUGGCGUGCGCAUAAAUAUACGUACAUACAUACAUAUUACCCUUUAUUUUAACAGCGCCCAAAUUAAACAAAAAAGAAAUAUUACAUUAAU